AUGUACUGGCCUCAUGGCGUCCCCCGGGUCUAUGCGGUCAAUGGCCCGGAUAUCGCCUAUGUGUCCUCAGAUGACCAGCAUCCGCACCCCCACUCCGAAGAUCGCAAUUCAAUAGACAAGGAUGGCGAGGAAGAUACAGCUUCUGAGAAAAAUGAGCAUCAUGAGCCGGAGCCCAAACCUUCAGCCGAAGCGGAGGCACCGAAAUGGGAAGAUGAGGCCAUCAAGGGCUUCUGCGUAUCUCGCACGGGACAUAUGCUGGCUACAAUGACUGAUUCUUCGAUCGCUUUGUGGCAGACCAGGCCCACGGCAGUCGUCGCAGCCAUAGCUCGGUCCCCAUAUUCGUUGAAGACAUACGGUUCAAAUGUUGCACUGCUUAUGCACCCAGAUUCGACAAUAUUGGUCGUGCAAACCCUCCAUGGAUAUCUUCUCACAUACUCGGUGGCAUCAGACCCGACAACUCGCGUCUACCAGCAGCGCUUUGAUCAUUCCACGCAGCCACGGCGACACCAGCUAGCGCAGUUCGCAGCUGUCGAAGAUGCUAAUUUUGUUGGGGAUAUAAGCAUCAGAUUUCGCAUGGCAAUCAAGAUCGAGUCUGGAAUUCUCAAGGCAUUGGCUUUGGACCAAGAACUUGUGGUUGCGACUCUGAAACCGCCAGCCAUACAGUGUAUCCGAUGGACCCCCGAGGCAGGUGGAACGCAAACCACAUCCGAGCUUUUGUCCCGCAUAUUAGGCACGCCCAAGAAGGUCUCGGUGGUUGACAUGGUUUAUGAUCGUGCCAUAAAUCUUUUGAUAUGGCUCACCAGCAGUGGACAGGCGUACGCGGUACAGCGAGUUCCAGGGGUGCAACAAACCCCGGAAGAAUCUCAGAAACUCUUCCGAGGACAUUGUUUCCAUGACCCGCAAUAUGACGGCGAGAAGGCCGUCAAGGUGGUAGUUAACGCGCGAUUCUCGCUGUUGACUGUGAGUUGUGCCAAUGGCGAAAUCCUGGUUUACACGGCGAAGGAUUACACGGGCAACGUGCCUCUAUCUCAGAAACUACAACUCCCUGCAACACCCACUACAACUGGAAACUUGACUUUUAUGAACUAUUCGCCGGACGGAUAUUGUCUAUUUGCAGGCUACGAGCGUGGUUGGACAACAUGGAGUGUCUUUGGAAAACCCGGAGGGAACAGUUUCUCUGUGGAUCUUGCUUUGGCAGAAGAAAAUGCCGAGGGUUGGUUGACGGGCGUUUCGAACGGCUGCUGGAUCGGCGGAGGAUCCGACAUUAUUCUGUCCGGACAGAAUGAUCGGCGUCUCUGGAUUUUGGAAACGGCCCGCAGCGCAUUGACUGGCUGUUUUUCGUCGGCGAAUUUGGCGCGAGGCUUGUUGCAGACCGGGACUGAAUUCAUCCUCUAUCGAGGGCACGAUCUCCCGGACCUGAUGACCAUCUCGGGUAAGGAUUCGCUGUGGCAUCAUGCUCAGUAUCCUCCCGCAUACCUCCAUUCACAGUGGCCGAUCCGGUCCUGCGUCGUGUCUCAAGAUGGACGGUAUGUCGCAAUUGCAGGCCGGCGGGGUCUUGCCCAUUACAGUGUGAACAGUGGUCGAUGGAAAGUCUUUGAGGACUCGAAGACCGAGAAUUCAUUCGCUGUCCGCGGUGGGAUGUGCUGGUACGGACAUAUUUUGAUUGCUGCCGUUGAGAGCGACGGGUCAUAUGAGCUGCGCCUUUACUCGCGUGAGGAUUAUCUCAAUAGCAGUUCUGUCAUGCACAUCGAAUAUCUACCAUCACCGGUGGUGUUCAUCGGUCCUUCUGGAGAAGACUCUCUGCUGGUCUAUACCUACGACAACGUUCUAUAUCACUAUAUCAUCAACUCGAUGCAGCCUCAGAUUACACUUGUUCCUGUCGGCCAGAUUGCCUUCAAUGGAAUUGUUCGGGCACCGACCCGGGUGCGGGCGAUCAGCUGGGUUUUGCCCGAGGAUCAGAUGCGAAGCGGUGAUCCCUCGCAAGACGUGAAAGUCGCCUCUGUUCUGCUUCUUGUCGAUGGAAAUCUGGUCCUGUUGCAGCCGACAGUAUCCGAUAUGGGCGCAUUGAAGUAUGAUAUGCGUGUCAUCUCUCAUGAUGUCGAAUAUUAUAUUUUGAUGCGCGACCAGCUUUCCUUCAACUUUGGUCCUCAAAUUGAUGAAUCUCGCCCAGUCAGCCCUUCAGCGGAAACGGCAUUAGGAGGGUCUCACAGCAGCCUCUCGUUGAGGGAUUCUCUUUGGAUGUUCCGUGGUCAAGAUUUACUAGCGUGGAAUGAUGUUCAGGAUGUUCUCCAGCAGGAGAUGGUGCCGGCACCGCUCAACAUUCCUUUGGACUUCUAUCCACUGUCCGUGCUGCUGAACAAGGGUAUCGUGCUGGGCGUCGAGUCGGAAAUGAUGCAACGGAGAGAUGUGAACUUCACUGCCAUGAAAUUCGCCAUCCGAACACAUCUUUUCCUGCCAUAUUUCCUUCAGUACAGCUUGAUGAACAACGGAACCUCGGCUGCGAUGUCUCUGUGCCGACAUUUCUCGCAUCUGUCAUAUUUUGCCCAUGGUUUGGAGGUCCUUCUCCAUCACGUCCUGGACGACGAAGUGGACAAUGAGAGCCUAGCCAACAAGACCAACGAGCACAUUUCAAGAGAGGGGCCGCUUCUUCCGACCGUCAUCACUUUUCUCCAGGCAUCGCUUCCGAUCAGAGAGUAUCUCGACAUCGUGGUGCAGUGCACCCGCAAGACAGAACUCCGGUCUUGGCGCACACUCUUCACCUACCUUCCCCCACCCAAGGACCUAUUCGAACAGGCUCUGAAACUCGAUUCGCUCAAGACGGCAGUGGGGUACCUCCUCGUGUUGCAAGCUUUCGAAGACGAGGAGCACCACAAUGACGGGCGCAUCGAGGAAUACGUGGUGCGCUUGAUUGGCUUGGCCUCGCAGAAGGGCGACUGGGAACUCUGUGCGGAGCUGGCCCGCUUCCUCAUUGCCCUCGAUGCCUCGGGCGAGAUGCUGCAGCGCGCAGUUGCCCGUGUGGGCUUGCGAUCGCGGUCUCCUGUCAACGGUGGCCAACCCGGCUCCGCAACACGAUCCGGGUCCGCCGGGGUGAAGGGUCUUGGGCUGAGUCUGCCCACCCGGUCCCCGUCCUGGUCAUCUAUGUCUCAGACGUCUUCCGUCUCGCAGCAUUUGAAUGGGCAUGAUGGCGACGUAUCAGACGAGUAUCCUUAUUCAGUAGACAGCCACGAUGGUUGA